AAGAGUCCUCUCGUGCCCAGAGAAUUCGUUUCGCAAUUGAUGCGCAAUUGAGAGAGGGCCGAGGGGUUUGCUCAAAGUCCACGCAUGCGAUCUAUAAGCCGCGCCACCUCGCCCCAAGCCCCGUAAACGCACACGCGGAGGGUAGGAAGCACGUUCAACAGGUCACGUGCAGCGCCAACGCUAAAAAAAAGCGGCGCGCGACGUGCCAGAGGCUCAUUCUCCGCUGUCACGCAGUCAGCCAGCAAAAGCCGUCAGAGAGACGCCCCCGCGCCGUAAAAUCAUGGCGACGUCCUCCCCCGUCGUCGCGGCGAGCGCCGCCAAGGCCGCCACGCCCGCGGAAGCGGCGGCGAAGCUCGGCGCGACGUACCCGCACGAGCAGAUGGCGACGCGGCCCCUGGACCUGAACCCCGCGCACUGGUACGCGGCGAUCAAGUGGCACUACGACGGCGGCACGCUGAACUGGCCCAUGAUCAUCUACAUCGGGCUCUGCCACUACUGGGCCGUGCUGGGCCUCACGCGCCUCGCGACGGUCCACACGUACACGCUGCUGUGGGCCUACGUGCUGUGGCCCAUCACGGGCCUGGGCAUCACGGCGGGCGUCCACCGCCUCUGGUCCCACCGCUCCUACACGGCCGGGCCGGCGCUGCGCUGCCUGCUCAUGCUCAUGAACAGCAUCGCGAACCAGGGCUCCAUCUUCCACUGGGCGCGCGACCACCGCGUGCACCACAAGCACUCCGAGACGACGGCCGACCCGCACAACGCCCAGCGCGGCUUCUUCUACGCGCACGUCGGCUGGCUGCUCUGCAAGAAGCACCCCGACGUCGUCAAGGAGGGGAAGAAGCUCGACUUCAACGACCUGAAGCGGGACGGCUUCGUCAUGUUCCAGCGCAAGCUGGACCCGUGGUUCACCAUGUUCAUGUGCUUCGCGUUCCCCGGCCUCGUCGCCAAGUUCGGCUGGGGCGAGCGCUUCUGGGACGCGGUCUGGGUCGCCGGCUUCCUGCGCUACAUCUUCGUGCUGCACUCGACGUGGCUCGUCAACAGCGCGGCGCACAUCUUCGGCGACCACCCCUACAACGAGCAGUGGCCCGCCGAGAACCCGAUCGUCUCGUUCUUCGCGGUCGGCGAGGGCUGGCACAACUGGCACCACCAGUACCCCUACGACUACGCCGCGUCGGAAUUCGGCAUCACGUCGCAGUUCAACCCGACGAAGCUCUUCAUCGACUUCUUCUGCUUGCUCGGCAUGGCCUCGAACCCGAAGCGAGCGACGUCCUCGUGGGAGCGCACGAAGAUGAAGCGCGACAAGGGCGUCUUCGAGAAGUCGAACUUCGUCCUGUGCAUGGAGGGCUACGCCGCGCGCGGCGCGGACGCGGCCGAGGCCUACCCCGCGAAGAAGCAGGACUAGUCCGGCGCCUUCUUCCCCAUUGUGUAAUUAUGCACGUUCGUAGA